AUGCACCGAGUGGCCUGGCCGCGGCCUGUGCAGUUGGCACACACGCGCUUGCUUCUCCACACGCCUGCUUUUGCCCUGUUGGACCCUGCUCGACACGCCAAGGCGAGGGAGGGCACGGGCAGCAGCCGCAUCAUCGCCUUCAGCCCAGCCAGGGCGCAUCCGCUGUUUCAUCGUCAUCAUUCUCCUCCUCACCACCACGACAUCCACCCUCGCGUCACCGUCAUCCCCUCACUCCCCUCUAACAUCACCAUCAUGAUCGGCCAGAACGUCGCUCGCGCCUCGCGAAGCAGCCUCCGCGCUGCCUCCCUCCUCGGCCGACGAACCAUGGUCACGCAGGAGGAGCGAUGGACGCUCGAAAACGCCCGCAACGCCGGCUCCUUCAUCGAGGGCCCCAACAAGGUCCAGCUCAGCCACGUCGUCCCCAACAUCGAGGCAUCCUGGAAGUCCCUCUCCAAGGAGGAGCAGUACGGCGUCUUCCGCCAGUUGGAAGAGCUCCAGAGGAAGGACUGGAAGGAGCUCAGCGUCGAUGAGAAGAAGGCUGCGUACUUUGUCUCGUUCGGCCCCCACGGUCCCCGCAAGCCCAUCACCGCCUCCGGUCAGGGCGCAAAGACCUUUGCCGGCGUCGUGGCCGCCCUCGGUGUCACCACCGGUGUCUUCUACCUCAUGCGUGCCAACGGCGGUGCCCCCGUCAAGACCAUGACCAAGGAGUGGCAAGAGGCCUCCAACGAGAUCGCGCUCGAACAGAAGCAGAACCCCAUCACCGGUAUCGCCAGCGACAACUACAAGGGCAAGGGUCACGUUCAGUCCGCAUAA